AUGAAUCAGACUUUAUCUAUACAAUUCCUCCUUGUAGGCCUGUCCCACUAUCCAUAUCUCCAGCCUCUCUUCUUUAUUAUCUUCUUCUUGAUCUACGUGAUGGCAUUUACUGGAAAUAUUCUGAUAACUGUAGUUAUUAGCAUUGAUCCUCGACUUCACACCCCAAUGUAUUUCUUUCUUAUCAAUCUUUCAGUCUUAGAUAUUUGUUGCACAACUGCUGCUAUCCCUAAUAUGCUCCAAAUACUAGUAAUGGAUAAGAAGGCCAUCUCCUACUCUGGCUGCAUUUCCCAGUUAUAUCUCUUUACUGCUGCUCUUAGUACUGAGCUGAUUCUUCUGACUGUUAUGGCAUAUGACAGAUAUGUGGCCAUUUGCUUCCCUUUACGUUACAAGACUAUAAUGAGCAGACCAUCCUGCAUGUGUUUGGCUGGUGCCGCCUGGAUCCUGGGUUCAGUGAACUCAAUGACACAUACAUGCCUUAUAUUAAAACUCUCCUUUAGGGAAACAAAUAUUAUAGAUCACUUUUUCUGUGAGAUUCCACCUGUACUAAAGUUGGCAAAGUCUGACACAUACAUCAAUGACAUUGUUAUUGUGGCCUCUGAUGUGUUGCUGGGAAUGAUUUGUUUUAUAUUGACUGUUAUUUCAUAUACAUAUAUCAUCUCCACAAUUAUCAAAAUCAAAUCUGCCGAGAAGAAAAAGAAGGCCUUCUCCACCUGUGCCUCUCACCUCACAGUAGUGUCUAUCUUCUAUGGUGGUGUGAUCUAUACCUAUGUGCGACCUGCAUUCAGCAACCAAUUGGAAGCUGACAAAGUUGUAUCUGCUCUCUAUGCCAUAGCCUCUCCAGUAUUAAACCCCAUUAUAUACAGCCUGAGAAACAAAGAAGUGAUCAAUGCUAUCAAUAAAACAUUUGCCAGAAAAGCAUCAUGGUGUAAGUGA